UUCAGGUCGCAUUCUUCCGACGAAAUGCGAAUAGUAAUUCAUCACCUACAUGUUAUUUAGACCGCCAUGACGCUCAUCUAAUCUCCCCACCUCUCGGUCUCCCCUCUCCCACCUCCUCUCCGCUCGCGACCGAGCCCUUGUCCCUUCCGUGCAAGACCUGGUCCCCACCAGUCACGCAGAGCUUUUCAGGUUUGCACGACACGAGAACAUGCGGUCUGCGCUCGCCCUGCUUGCAGCCAUCUCCCCCGUGCUUGCAGGGGUGCAGGAGGUAUGGUGGAACAUCACCUACGUCCUCAACGCCAACCCGGACGGCCUUCAACCGCGCCGGGUUAUCGGUAUCAACGGUACAUGGCCGCCGCCGGCAGUUGAUAUACAAUCGACGGACGACCUGCUCGUCCAUGCGUACAACUCUCUCGACCAGCCCAUGACCCUUCACCACCACGGCAUGUUUUUCAACUCGACGUCGUGGAUGGAUGGCGCGCUCGCCAUUUCUCAGUGUGGUGUCCCGCCCGGCCAGAGCUUUGACUACACCGUCCCAAUCUCGAGCAAUGGCCAAUGGGGUACAUACUGGGUACACUCACACGCAGGAGGCCAAUAUGUCGAUGGUUUGCGCGCGCCGGUGGUUAUCCACCCACCACAGGAGAAGUACCAGUAUGAUGAGGAGUUUACCGUCGUCCUCGGAGACUGGUACCACGAUGAGCACGCAGUUCUCUUGAAGCAGUUUAUCAGCAUCGCGAAUCCUGGUGGCGCUGAGCCAGUGCCGAACUCUGCGCUUAUCUAUUUCGCCCAGAACGCGACAUAUCUUGGCCCUAUUUCUGGCACGCACCCCGACUCUGUCACGGCUGCUGUUGGUUUCAACGAUAACGCAACUCUGCCGUUCCAGCCCGGCAAAACCUACCGUCUUCGCGUCGUAAAUACUUCGGCAUUCGCGAUGUUCUACUUCUGGAUUGAUGGCCACGACAUGCGCAUCAUCGAGGCCGACGGUACUGACGUUGAGGAGUCGCCCAUCGACCUGCUCACCGUCACUGUCGCCCAGCGCUACUCCAUCCUGGUCACUGCGCGCAACGACACCUCGCAGAAUUGGAUGAUCCACGCCAACAUGGACACGGACAUGUUCGACACUGUCCCGCUGACGCUGAACCCAAACAUCACCUCGUCCGUCACCUACGACUCGUCCAACUCCGUCACCGACCUGGGCACGAUCGACGCCUACAGUGACGUGGACGACAUCGCCCUCGUCCCGCUCGUCGUCGAGCCCAUGCUCCCUUCGACUAGGACCAUCCCGCUUACGCUCUCCUUCGACACCAUGGACGACGGCACCAACCGCGCCAUGUUCAAUGGCCAGACGUUCGUCUCUCCACUUGUACCUACGGUCAUGUCCGAGAUGUCGCUCGGUGCGAACGCUACCGUCGCCCAGGCGUAUGGCCCUUUCUCCUUCGUUUUGAACCACCUUGAGGUCUUCGACAUCCUCCUGCAGAACAGCGACACCGGCAAGCACCCUUUCCACCUGCACGGACACAAGUUCCAGAUCGUCCAGCGUUCGCUCGACUACACCUCCUCCGACCCGACGCUCAACCCGCCGAUCAACGAGAGCCAGACGAACCCCAUGCGGCGCGACACCGUCCAGCUGCCGGCGGGCGAGGGCGUCGUGCUGCGCGUCGUCGCAGAUAACCCCGGCGCGUGGAUCUUCCACUGCCACAUCGAGUGGCACCUCGAGGCCGGGCUCGCGGUGACGCUCAUCGAGGCGCCGCUGCAGGCGCAGGAGCGCAACGCGAUCCCGGACGUCAUGUUCCAGCAGUGCGCCGCGCUCGGCAUGCCGUCGAGCGGGAACGCCGCGGGCCACCCCACGAGCGACCUCCUCGACCUGUCCGGCUGGACGCUCGGCCCGUUCCAGCAGGUCCUCGGCUGGCGCCCCAAGGGCAUCGUCGCGAUGACCGGCUGCGUGCUCACCGCCGUCAUCGGCAUGCUCACCGUCACGUGGUACUCGCUCGGCGGGCACAUCUCGGAGGAGGAGAUGGAGCACGAGGUGCGCAUGCAGCAGGAGGCGAAGCUGCGGCGGGGCAAGUUCUUCGGGCUCAUCAAGCCCAAGAACUAGGUUGUCGCCUGUUGGUGUCGGAAAGGAUGCGCUGGGCUGAAAGUGCUGUCCACAACACUAUCUUAUUUAACUUUGUAUGACAGGAUUUUAUGAGUAUUGCAGAGCGCUUUGAGACUGCUGUCCUGUGCGAUCUUCAGGCUCGAGCAAGAUUUGCCGAAACGGGCGGCUCUGAGCGCACGGCGCAUCACUGGCGCCCGAUGCGCCCUUCCGGUCUGGCGCGAUUCGACACUGCAGAACUCUGACAUGUCCUACGCUUUCCUCUGCACUCUCUAAUGCCUGCACGAGACUCGGUUGACAUACUGGCACUUGUGAACCUCCUGUACCUUAGACUCAUUGCAAGUUUCCUCUAGUCUGCAUCCAGAAUCCCUGUAACGACGUCGUGAUUUAUGCCGGUUUCUCGGAGGAAGAGGUGUGUCAAUAGCGGCAGUUAGCAUACGCGUCCCGCGGCAUUACAACAUUCCUCGCGAUCCUCGUUCCAGAGAUGUGCACAACAGCCGCUAGAUGCCGGAAGUACG